CAUCAAGCAACAGGACCUCCGUAAUGCUAUGAUGGACCGUGAAGUCUGGCGUAGCAUGGUAAAUUGCAUUGUCUCGACCACGGUCGAACAAUGAUGAUGAUGAUAUUUUUAAGUGUGAGUUAAGUUGUUCCCCUUUAGAAGCUGUAUUUCCUCACUUAACUGAUAGAUGCCUCUACUGACUGACUGGGUUCUGCUUUGUUUUUGUUUCCCUUGAAAAAAUUCUUUUGCUGUUUUGUUUGCGUUUCUCAUGUUCGCCUGAUUUUUACACACGUUAUGUCUUGUUUGUUAUAUUAACAAACUAUUAACCUUAACCCUAACCCACUAUUACAAAGCGUUUGAAUAUUUAGAGUAAGGAUUUAGAUUUUAUAAACGAAACUGUUAAGGAAGAUCUGCGCUGAGAAGGGAGCGGAUGUUUAUGACUGGAGAACUUCCGGUUGCUUCGUAAAUAUUCGAGGUUACCAUGGUAACAGUUGACUGUUUAGAGAAACAGAAAUCCUGCCGUAAUAAUGCCCGAGUUUCCUCGAGAGGUGCUCAUGUGGAUCCAGAGUUUGGAUUUACAGUCAAAGAUCGUCAUUCCAAAAUGGGACCUUGCAAACGGAUAUUUAAUAGCAGAGAUAUUUAACAGGUAUUAUCCUUUUGAAGUGGAGAUGACUUACUUCAACAAAGGUUCAUCAUUGUACGCAAAACUACAUAAUUGGCGAAUAUUGUCAAAGUUUUUCAAGAAGAGGAAAUUCGACAUUUCCCAGGCAUGUAUUGAUGGAACCAUGUUCUACAAAGAAACACAAUGCAUACAGAUGAUGCAGCUUAUAUACAAACUCCUCACAGAUAGAAAGUGGGCCUUCAGUGUGGUGUCACCUAUAAGCGAUGACAUGUGUGAUUAUGACUAUCAGAUGCGCCUACCAUUGCACGCUCAAUCAACAGCUACAAAAUCUGUUAAGAAUAACGUAAUGUUUACAGAACUAUUGGUUUACCCUAAUCAACUAAUGAAUGCCAGAAAGGCACAAAAAAUUAUAGAUCGUCAUACGGAAGUGAGACAGAAAAAACGUCAGGAUGAUCCGGAACGAUUCCGUGUCCAUCCUACUCUUGGUCAACUGGCUGUACGCCAACAAAAUAUUGUCUCACACAAGGAAGAUGUUGAGAAAGCUCCUCCAAAAAAGACAGCUUCAGACAGCAUUAAUGAUAUGAAUGUUCGGUUUAAAGACAUCAAGCUCAAACAGCCAUUUAUUUCAAUGAACUAAUUAAGCCAACUCCAAGAAUUGCUUUCUCCAUGGUAACUGGAAAAGAAUACGGAUCUAAAUAGAUGUACGCACCCACACAAAUAAAUAAAGGAUUUUUAUUUAAAUGC